UCAACACCUUGGAAGCAAAGAUGCAUAUUCUAGUCACUAACGACGAUGGACCGCCAUCCGACGAGUCGUCGCCGUACGUGCACUCGCUCGUGUCAACACUCCAAAAGCAUGGCCAUACUGUGUCAGUAGUUCUUCCACAUACGCAGCGGUCUUGGAUAGGCAAGGCGCAUCUUGUUGGCAAGUCGAUACAACCAACAUACUAUCGCCCUGAGCCCCUCCAGACGACGCCUGAAGGCCGCCUGACGAACCACGGAACAACACAUAACUCGCCGCUUCCACCUUCUUCGACGGAAGAAGAAUGGGUCCUCGUUGAUUCGACACCCGCGUCAUGCGUGCAGAUUGGCCUGUAUCACUACUUCACCGAGCGCGGCCCAAUUGACCUGGUUGUGUCGGGUCCCAACUACGGGCGCAACAGCACGGCUAUUUUCUCCCUCUCAUCGGGCACCAUAGGCGGCGCAAUGGAGGCAGCCGCAUGCGGCGUGAAGAGUAUUGCACUAAGCUACGCCUUCUUCGACCGUAACCACGAUGCCAAGAUCAUCAGCGGCGCGAGCGAGCUCAGCACAAAGCUCAUCCAAUAUCUGUGGGACAACUGGGACUCGAACACGCACCUGUACACUGUCAACGUGCCUUUGGUCGACAAGGUGGGCGAGCGCAAGAUUCUGUGGACAAACAUGCUGCAAAACACAUGGAAGAGCGGCAGCUGUUUCCAGGUGGUCGAGGUGCCCGCCGAGGCCGACGACAAGGCUGCCGACAUUGAGGGCCAGAUUCGCAGGCAGGAAGAGAAGCUGGGCAAGAAGGAACUGCGCUCCAAUUCUGGGCUUCAGGGCGGCGCAAGCGGCACUGAUUCAGGACGCGACACGCCUACGAGCCAGCCGCACUCGCGGUAUACACACAAGCACUUCAAGUGGGCGCCUAUCUUCAAGGACGUGUACGAGAGCGUGGAACAGAGCGAGCCGGGUAACGAUGGCUGGGCUGUUGCCCAAGGAUACACUAGCGUUACGCCGCUGCGGGCAAACUUUAUGCAUGUCAAUGGGUUCGAGGGCGAGAUUAAGCUUUAG